GUGCUUUCCAUACACUUUUUUUAACUCGUGGGUGUAGCAGCAGAGAGCUGCAAUGUCCAAGAGCUCCCAGGUCACAUUGGCUGCUGAGCCAAACUGGCCUCAUCAGCAGCCCCGUGAGCAUAGUGAAGAGCGAAGGCCCCAAACUGGUGCCCUUCUUUAAAGCCACUUGUGUCUAUUUUGUCCUCUGGCUGCCAACUUCCAGCCCCUCCUGGUUCAGUGCCCUCAUUAAAUGUCUGCCCAUCUUCUGCCUGUGGGUUUUCCUUCUGGCUCAUGGAAUUAACUUCUUAGUGUCACACCGGAGUGCCAGCCGCAUCCUAGCGGGACUCAUAUUCUCGGCAGUGGGAGAUGCCUUUCUCAUCUGGCAGGAGCAGGGCUACUUCGUUCAUGGUCUGCUGAUGUUCGCCAUCACACACAUCCUGUACUCUUCAGCCUUUGGCAUGAAGCCUCUGGACCUCAAAGCCGGCUUGUUGAUGGGCGUUGUUUCCAGCUGCAGUUAUGCCUUCCUGUACUCCUACCUCUCGGGCCCAUUCACCUACUUGGUAGCUGUCUACACGGCUUUGAUUGGCUUCAUGGGCUGGCGGGCGAUCGCCGGCAUGCAGCUGUGCAACGACCUCUGGACAUGGACCAAGCUCUCGGCCUGCAUCGGCGCGAUGCUCUUCAUGGUGUCGGAUCUAACCAUUGCACUUAACAAGUUCUGCUUUCCUGUGCCCUAUUCGCGCUUCAUCAUCAUGGCUACUUACUACGCAGCCCAAAUGCUUAUUGCACUGUCAGCCGUAGAGACCAGAGAUGAAGAGGACUUCAGAAAGAGGAGCUAG